AUGGCAGCCUCAUUGACCCCUGUUGCGCCAAUUGAGCUGAUCCCAAAUGAGAUUCUCGACGCUAUCCUGGAUCAUCUGCUGGCGUCAGACUUGGUGAACCUCUGGAAAUGCAGCACCCAGCUCUCCUACCGAACUCUGGAUGCCCUUUUUAGGUCUCCCGAGGCCUGCCAACGCUCAAUGCUAAUGGCCUGCAAGAAUGGAGAUGUACGUCUUAUCCGCGCAGCCUUGUCCCACGGAGCUGAUGUCGAUAUCAUCACCGUGGACCAUUCCGAUACCAAGCUGUUCGAGGACCCAGACCACAGCAACAUGAUAAUGGGUCCCGAUGUUCAGGAGUUCUCUACUUUAGUAUUGACCGCCAAAAGAAAGCACGAGAAGGCCUUCAGUACGCUACUGGACCUCGGAGCAAAUCCCAAUUCCCUUGACCGAUCGCAGCGAAAGAAUCUAGCCAAGGCUGUCCGAAGACAGUCUUGUGAGCCCUUGCUGCGAAGAUUGAUGGAUGCGGAAUCAGGAUCAAACCCGCUGUUGACAAGCGCAGAGGGUCCAAUAAACCUCGUCGCGCUGAUCCGUCGAGGGGCGUCCCUCAGCCUCUUGGAAGCCCUCAUCGACAAGGGCGGAGACCCAAACGGUGUAACCCGUGGAGCAGAGAAGACCACACUCCGCUCGCCAUUGUCUCAAGCUAUUGAGAUGGGGUCUGUACCCGUAUUUGAGCUUCUCGUCGGAAAAGGGGCAGAUGUCAAUGGACGGCUCGAGUGCUUUGGCAAGUUUCAUCAUAAGCCCGACGACCCAUUCGUAUAUCGCCGCCCAGAGCAUAUACCGAUAUUCGCUGCUGCUUCGCGCAUGGCCAGGACUGGACGUUGUGACAUGAUGGACCUCUGUUUGGGACAUGGUGCUGAUAUCAACAUGUUGGCCCCUGCCUUCCUGGGCAACAGGUUCACGAGCAUCGACUUGGAGUAUGCCAGGUUCUUUGUGAUGACGCCACUGCUCUGCUACCUUGAAGAAAUACAGCGCUGGCCGGUCAACACGGGUCUGGAUCCCAUGAACGGCAUCGCCUACUUCAUCGAGAGGGGCGCAGAUGCACAGCUGGCCGAAAAGACUGACGCCAAGGGGGCGUGGAUGGGGAGGUCCCAGACUAAUCGAGCUGCGCAUGUAUCUGGAUUGGAGAUCUUGCUAUCCAAGUGGGACGUGAAGGGAUUAGAGGAAGAUCAGUUGUUCAACACAGUCGGCCGUCUGGUCGAACUAGGCAGUGGUGCCUCUAGGUGGUUGGAAAUCCUGACUGAGUUUGGGGACGCUUUCCAGCAGAACAAGCAACGGCCUGGUGAUUCCCGUCUGUUCGAUGAUCCAGAAGAAGCACCCGCGUGGUGGAGAAUUGCCAGUCUCAUCGUAGACAAGUCGCAACAGGUGCAUCCUAAUAACUUCAAGUGGCUGCUAAGCACAUAUCCACUGCAAAACGAUACGCGCGCAAUGAUAGAGACAGGCUCGACGGAGCAGUACAUCAAAGACGGGAUCCUCAGUAACGUCAUCUUUUCUAUGGCUGAGCGCCUUGAGUAUUUCGGAACUUACCAACGCCUCAUCCUUGAUCGUAUCCAGGCUGCGGGCGCAGAUAUUAACGGGUUUCUUGGCGAAGAACACAUCCUGGCGAUACGGAGGGUCGACAAUGUUCCGGGAUUGCCUUGGGCUGAAGGUUAUGCAACGAACAGGGUUCUGCAUAGAGUCCUCAGCAGCGUGCGGAGAAGGGUUGAGCAGUUAAAGCAUUACCCGGAGUGGUAUGAGUCCAACAUGAAGGAUUCUGUACGAGUGUUUUGUUUGGAGCUUAUCGAAAGGGGUGCGAAUCCUCAUCUCAAGGUAUAUGAAAGAACGGCUAUUGAUAUCUUGACACACGACAUAUCUCCUUCACACGCGGUCAGCGAGUCUUGUAAGGAGUUGGCUCGAACGAUCGAGGAUGCCCAUACGAGAUACCUGAAGAGUCAGAAUUUGGUUGGGCUGUAA